GGGAGGAAGUGUUACACGAAGGAUGGAGUUCUUAUGAUAACUUGUUUGGAGUUCUUAUGAUAACUGUCUCGGAGUUCCUGGAAAACGUUACGGAUUUCUAUGGAAAACCUUUCAAUAGACUUGGAGGAAACACAUGAAAAAUGGAGAUGAUACACGUGUCUUUCCAAGACGAAACGGAAAUGUCGAUGAACCUAUCCGUUGAAAGUAUUGAUGAUAAUAACAAUGCAACAGGUCUCAACAUGGAUGAUCCACUAACAAGUACACCAAAGUCAAACCGCCGUCCAAUGUCCGUUGAAGAGAGUUUUAUGCCCGUAGAAGAAACUCUAAUGUCAGCUGGAGAAAGUCAGAUGCCAGCUGAAGAUGAUCUUAUAUUGACUGAUGAAGGUCUAGUGACAGCUGAAGAAAGUAUAAUGUCAGCUCAAGAAAGUAUAAUGUCGUCUGAAGAAGGUCUGGUGACAGUAGAAGGUCUGUUGUCUACUAGUGAGUGUCUUAUGUCAGCCGAGGAAGGUGUAAUGCCUGUUGUUGAAAAUGUAAUGCCUCACGGGUCAAGGAAUGUAGAGGAAUGUUUAAUGCCUGUCGCCAUGGUUACCGAAGACACAUCCUAUUCUACUAAUUUGUUGAAGUGUAAGAUUUGCAACUUCCAGACCAAAUUUAAGGGAAAUUUGUCGCGGCAUGUUACAAGGAAACAUGCUCUUAAAAGAUUCAGUUGUGACAUUUGUAACAAGUCGUUUGGAUACAAUUAUAUCCUCUCUGAACACCGAAGAUCAUCUCACCAGGAGGAACGUUUUCUCUGUGAAUAUUGUUCUAAACCGUUCUUAACACGCAGCGGACUAAUAUGUCAUAAAAAGUUACACCAUGCCCAAUCACCUUACAAUUGCCCGAUAUGCGAUAAACAGAUUUUAAAGAAAGCACAUUUUGAUGGACAUAUGAAUAGCCACAAGAAUGAAGCGAAAUAUGAAUGUACAACUUGCAAGAAGCGUUUUUUCUACAAAACAAGUUUAGAUAAACAUAUGAAAUCUUGCUCGGGCAUUUCAGACAGAUAUACAUGUUUGAUUUGUUCAAAGGUGUUCAGGUGUCCAUCAUCCUUAAAGGACCAUACUCAGGCUGUCCAUGAAAAGAUUGAUUUUCAGUGUCCAUGUGGGAAGACAUACAAGUGGCGUACAGCCUUAGCAAGGCACCAAAAGAAAUGUGCAAAACGUUAAAUUGUUAUUUUGCUCCUUCUCCGCGUUAUAAUUCUAAGUUUCUUCACAGUUAUUUUUAUCGUUUUUAUGUUUACCAUGUUUACCAAUGGGGGCGACGAGGUAUCACUAUGGGACAGUUGCAUAGUUCUUAAGUAAAAAUAUGCUACCAUGAAAAAAUAAACACUAACACUGAAACAUUUUCUUUGAAGAUUUCAUUCUGCGUUG